AUGAACGGCACUUCCAUCUCGGGACCCAUGGUCCUUAAUUUCGAGCACUUGAAACGCAACGAUGUCAACUUGGUUGGCGGGAAGAAUUCUUCUCUUGGCGAGAUGAUUGGUGCCCUGAGCGCUAAGGGAAUACCGGUGCCUCCAGGUUUCGCCACGACUUCCAACAUGUAUUGGUACUAUGUUGAUGCCAAUGGAAUUCGUGACAAGCUGGCCUUGUUGGUGAAGGAAUGGGAAGCAGGCAGGCUGAGCCUUGCUGAAGCAGGCCAAAUGACCCGUAACUUGUUCCUUCACGGUAAGUGGCCGGCCGAUGCGGCAGCUGCAAUUAUAGCUGCAUACAAAGCUCUGUCAGACAAGAGAGGAGUGAAGGGUCUCAGUGUGGCCGUAAGAUCCAGUGCGACUGCUGAAGAUCUGCCUGAUGCGAGCUUCGCUGGCCAGCAGGAGACUUAUUUGAACAUCUAUGGGGAUGAAGCUCUCUUGGACGCCUGUCGUCGGUGCUAUGCUUCGCUAUUCACGGACAGGGCCAUGAGCUAUCGUCGGGUUAAGGGUUUUGAGCAAAUGGGCGUUGCACUAUCUAUCGGCGUGCAGUGCAUGGUUCGCUCUGACAUUGGCGGCUCUGGUGUCAUGUUCUCCAUUGACACUGAGAGUGGCUUCGACAAGAUCGUGCUCAUCAAUGCAGCAUGGGGUCUUGGGGAGAACAUCGUGCAGGGAACUGUCAACCCCGACGAGUACCAGGUCUUCAAGCCACUCCUAUCCAACCCCAAUCUAAGUCCCAUCCUGGAGAAGAAGCGAGGUGAUAAGGCAAUCAAGUUGGUCUACGGUGAUCAGCAGACGCCAACACGCAAUGUACCCACUUCAAAGGCAGAGCGACACGCCUUCGUGCUCAGUGACGCCGAGAUCUUGCAGCUGGGGCGAUGGGCAUGCACUAUUGAAGAACACUACGGAUGCCCUAUGGAUAUGGAGUGGGCCAAGGAUGGCAUUACUGGUAAACUAUUUAUUGUACAAGCUCGACCAGAAACCGUACAUUCGCACCAUGAUGCCGGAAUCUUCAAGACAUACAAAGUCAGUAACAAAGGACGUGUUCUGGUCACCGGACUUUCAGUCGGCGAAGCGGCUUUGUCGGGACGCGUUUGUCUUAUUUCAUCGCCAGCCGAUAUUGACCAAUUUGUUGAUAACUCUAUUCUCGUGACGGGGGCAACAGAUCCCGACUGGGUACCUGUAAUGAAACGAGCCGCAGCCAUCGUCACGGAUCACGGGGGCCGUACUUCGCAUGCUGCCAUCGUCAGCCGUGAGCUUGGUCUUCCGGCCGUGGUUGGGACAGGCAAUGCAACCUAUCUCCUGCAUAGUGGCCAAGAUGUCACUGUGUCUUGCGCAGAAGGAGACUGUGGUUUUGUUUACGAGGGAAUCUCGGAUGUAGCGAGCGAGACUGUCAGUGUCUCUGGACUGCCCGAGGUCAAGACAAAAAUCAUGCUCAAUCUUGCUAAUCCAGCGGCCGCCUAUCGCUGGUGGCGACUCCCGGCCGAUGGCAUCGGCCUCGCUCGCAUGGAGUUUGUCGUCAGUAACGCCAUUCAGGUGCACCCCAUGGCUCUUGUCCAUUUCGAUCAACUGAAGGACGCAGACGCCAAGCGACGUAUCGCCGAACUCACAGCCGGAUAUCAACAUAAGCCUGACUAUUUUGUGGACAAGCUAUCCCGCGGCUUUGCGGCCCUGUGCGCUGCCGUUUAUCCCAAGCCCGCCAUUAUUCGCUUGAGUGACUUUAAGACGAAUGAGUAUGCCGGCCUCAUUGGUGGUGCAGAGUUCGAACCGGAUGAGGAAAAUCCCAUGCUUGGCUUCCGCGGCGCCUCACGGUAUUAUUCGCCGAGAUAUCAGGAGGGCUUCGCGCUCGAGUGCCGGGCUAUCAAGCGCUUGCGCGAGGAGAUUGGCCUCAGUAAUGCGAUAGUCAUGAUUCCCUUCUGUCGUACAGUAAAAGAAGCCAGAAAGGUUUUGGAUGUCAUGGCUCGCCACGGGCUCAGACGUGGAGAACACGGCCUGCAGGUCUAUGUCAUGUGCGAGAUUCCGUCUAAUGUAAUUUUAGCGGCGAAUUUCACCGAGUAUUUUGACGGCUUUUCCAUCGGCUCCAAUGACCUGACACAGCUGACGCUGGGCGUGGACCGCGACUCUGGCGAGUUGGGUGACCUCUUUGAUGAACAAGACGAGGCAGUCAAGUGGAUGAUUUCUAGAGUCAUUUCUGUGGCGCGUGAGAGAGGUUGCAAGAUUGGUAUUUGUGGACAGGCUCCCAGUGAUCAUCCGGAGUUUGCUAAAUUUCUUGUUGAUGCGGGCAUUGAUUCCAUCUCCGUCAGCCCCGACAGCUUCUUAGCUGCCAAGAAGCAAGUUGUGGCCGCUGAAGGAGUAUCGGGAAGGGCGCAAGGCUAA